UCUGUCAUGGCGGCAAAGUGGUGUACUGCUUCCUGUAAAAUGCAACUCCUGUAGAGGUUCUUCAUGCUUUAUUGGGAUUAAUUGACACUUUUUGAGCUGUCAUGAAACUGGGCAGUCUAGUUGUCCAGCAACUGGAGGAGGAGUCUCCUCUAGUGCAGGCUAUUUUCCAUGGGGAUCCUGAUGAAGUUCGAGCCCUGUUAUACAAAAAGGAAGAUGUCAACUAUCAGGACAUUGAGAAAAGAAGUCCCCUCCAUGCUGCCUCCUACUGUGGGGAAGCUGAGAUUGCGGACAUCCUCAUCCUGAGUGGUGCCCGAGUCAACACCAAGGACAACAAGUGGCUGACGCCUCUACAUCGAGCUUGUUGCUCUCGCAGCGAGGAAACUGUGGAGACGUUGCUGAAGCACCAGGCUGAUGUGAAUGCCCGCGACAAGAACUGGCAGACCCCGCUACAUGUGGCUGGGGCCAACAAUGCUGUGAAGUGUGCCGAGUAUAUCAUCCCACUCCUCACCAACGUCAACGUGUCGGACCGAGGACGCACAAGUCUCCAUCAUGCAGCAUUCAAUGGGCAUAAGGAGAUGGUGCAGCUCCUGCUAGAGAAGGGAGCCACCAUUAAUGCGUUUGACAAAAAGGACCGUCGGGCGAUCCACUGGGCAGCUUACAUGGGACAUGUCGAGGUGGUCAAACUGCUGGUGGAUCAUGGGGCUGAGCUCAACUGUCGGGAUAAGAAGAUGUACACGCCGCUGCAUGCUGCCUCGGCUAGUGGUCAGGUCAGUGUGGUCAACCUGCUGCUGGACCUGGGAGUUGAAGUUGAUGCCGUCAAUGGCAUCGGCAAUAUUUCCCUACACGUGGCCUGCCUCAAUGGCCAGGAUAUUGUUGUCAACAAACUCUUGGACAAUGGGGCAACUGUCAAUGCUGUCAACAACAAAGGAAUGACACCUCUACACUAUGCUGCUGUCUCAACACAUGGAGGGAUAUGUCUGGAAAUCCUCGUUACAGGUGGCGGCAACGCAAAAGCUCAGAGUGAGGACGGUAGAACAGCCCUGCAUAUGACUGCUCUGCAUGGUAGAUUUACAAGAGCUCAGACUCUCCUUGAGCAUGGUGCUGAGAUCAAUGCCUGUGACAAGAGUGGAAAUACGGCUCUUCACGUGGCAGCUCGACAUGGCCAUGAACUGCUCAUUAACACUCUCCUAGACAACGGUGCUGAUGUAAUGAAGCGCGGCUGCAGCGGAAUGCUCCCGAUCCAUGUAGCAGCACUGAACGGCUACGUGGACUGUGUACGGAAACUCCGCUCCGCGAUGCCAUCCAUUGACCUCAACAUUCCAGACGAUGGUGGACGUUCAUGUCUCCAUGGAGCUGCCUGCAGUGGGAAGGUGGAGUGUGUUGAGUACCUCCUCCAGGAAGGCUGUGAUCUAACUCGCCAGGAUGCUGAAGGCAGGACACCUCUGCACUAUGCAGCAGCCAAUGUGCACCAGCAGUGUGUGCUCAUCCUGCUGACGGCAGGUGCUUGUGUCAACAUUGUGGACAGACAAGGGUGUACUCCUCUACACUACGCUGCUGCUAGCGAUGUGGAUGCCAAGGUGGUGGAGCACCUGCUAAGGAAUGAUGGUCGGCCAGGGCUGAAGGAUGACGAAGGCAAUAAUGCUGUACACUACGCCGCUCUCAAGGGACACAAGUUAGCCUUAGAAAUGUUACUGGAUGCAGCAGCGACGGACUUGUUACGGAGCGGGGCAGCAUACUCUCCUGGGCAUCUCUCUUCCUACAAUGGUCAUAACGAGGCUCUCCACGUGUUGCUAGGUUACAUGAUGAAUCUUGAUGUCAAGGACCAGGAUGGCCGGACCAUGCUGGACUUGUCUUGUUUUCGUGGUAACACUGACUGCGUGGAGACGUUGUUGAUACAAGGAGCGAAGAUUCUUGUACAUGACAACAUCACGCGGCGCACACCUCUUCAUGCUGCAGCCACAAAUGGUCAUACCAAGAGCCUUCACCUUCUGUUGGAGACGGCAGAAGACAGCAACAUCGUCGACUGUACAGACAUGUACGACAGGACGCCGCUGAUGAUGGCGGUUGCCAAUGGUCACCUUGACGCUUCCAUCUACCUCAUUAGGAAUGGUGCCAUUGUCAAUGCUCGGGAUCUAGAUGGGAGGACAGCAUUACACAGAGGGGCUGCCAAUGGUCACGAGGAGUGUGUGGAUGCACUGCUACACCAUGGGGCAGACAUGUCUCUGAGGGACAACCUGGGACGGACGGCUGUGCACAUGGCAGCCAUUUGUGGCCAUGUAGGCCUACUGGGCUCCCUCCUUCUUAUGGGUCCUGUAGAAAAGUUAGAAGAUACCAAAGGCUACACACCUUUACAUUUUAGUUGUUAUAAUGGUCAUGACGGCUGUAUAGAAUUGUUUUUUGAGCAUGACCACUACAAAUAUUUUACGGGAAACAGUUUCACUCCUCUCCAUUGUGCUGUGAUAAAUGGGAAUGACGCUUGUACGGAAUUGUUAAUAGAGACGUUGGGCACCGAGGUGAUCAACAUUCAGGACUCCAAGGGCAGGACCCCUCUGCAUGCGGCAGCUUACUCAGAACAGGGAGAGUCCAUCCAGAUCCUCCUGAGUCAUAAAGCAGACGUCAACAUGGCAGACUAUGCAGGCAAGACGGCUAUCAUGUAUGCUGCCAUCAAUGGAAACGCCACCUCAGUAGAACUGUUGCUGGAGAGUGGUGCUGAACUCACUGUGUCUGACAUUGAGAAGAACUCACCGCUACACCAUGCCUGUUUCAAUGCAAAAGAAGAUGUGGCUCUGUUGUUACUGGAUAAGAUCGAAGACUCCACAACUGUAAAUAUGGCUAACUCAGAACUCAAAACACCUCUUCACCUGGCAGCCAAGCAAGGUUUGGUCCCAGUGGUGCAGGAUCUCAUAUCAAAGGGUGCCAGUCUCCUUGCCUUGGAUGAGAGUGGCUACACGCCAGCGUUAGCAUGUGCCCCCACGAACAGAGUGGCUGAUUGUCUUUCCAUAAUUCUUGCCCACAUGCCCUUCGGGGGCACACCAAACAACACGUUAAGCCGCGCUAUCAGAUACGAUCAUCAGACAACAGCUUUUGGGCUGACCAGGACGCUGGACGCAACUGACCAGGUGAGCAUAGGCAGCCCCGCAGGAAGUGUGCAGGAUGGGAAGGACUACUCAGGUUCAUAUCAGAGCUCAGACUCGGAGUUCUACUGAGAAGUGGAGCCCCAGUAGGAGAACAGUUGUGUUGCUCCAGCUUUAGAGGGGAGGUCAUCGUCAGUUGUCAUCUUGUGAUCUCAUGAACAGAAUAGUGUUCCCUUAGAACUGUCAGCUCUCAGGCAUUCAUUGAGUAUUUACUUAACUCUUGAAGUAAUUAUCAGGAAAGCUUUUGAAGUAAUUAUCAGGAAAGCUUUUGAAGUAAUUAUCUGGAAAGCUCUAAAUCAAGGCUCGUGCUCUCACUUGGAUACAUACUUAAAGUAAGUUGGUAUUCUAAUCAGAUAAACAUCAAACCAGCUUCUCAGGCCAUGAAGCAUUAAGUCUGCUUUGGCAGUCAACUCAUCCUGGUUUGAGUUAUGAAUGACCUGAUGAUACAGCAGUCACUGGUUAUCACAGUGGUUGAUCAAAGAGGUUUUACAGGAUGUUAGCUGAUCUGGCUAAAAAUGUAUUUGCCCUCCAUAUCGAAUAUGUGAACUUGUGUGAGUACUUAGACUUGGCUCAAUUGUUCUGUGUGUAACUUGUGUGAAUCACCGAGCCUUGGCUCAAGUGUUGUGUGUAACUUGUGUGAAUCACCAAGCCUCAGCUUAAGUGUUCUGUGUGAACUUGUGUGAAUCACUGAGCCUCGACUCAAGUGUUCUGUGUGAAGUUGUGUGAAUCACCGAGCCUCAGCUUAAGUGUUCUGUGUGAACUUGUGUGAAUCACCGAGCCUCAGCUUAAGUGUUCUGUGUGAACUUGUGUGAAUCACUGAGCCUCGACUCAAGUGUUCUGUGUGAACUUCUGUGAACUUCUGUGAAACACCGAGCAUUGGCUCAAGUGUUGUGUGGGGACUUUUGUGAAACACCCAGCCUUGGCUUAAAUGUUCUGUGUGAACUUUAUGAACUUGUGAGAUUCACCGAGCCUGAGCUCAAGUGUUCGGUGUGAACUUGGCCUUCGCCCACGUCUGUGCACGACAGUCCAUGGCACAAGUGUUCAUAUCAUGGUUUGGUCUCAAGAACUAGCAGGGCUGUUUAUAACAGCGCAAACUAUUUUGGAUUGUCUUGCAGUUCCCAAACCAAGGCAACAGUGAGCUCCGAGCUGUAAUAGAUAACCUUUGUGGUUCUUG